AUGCUGGGUCCCCACCUCCCACCUACCCCCCUGGGACCCAGCGAAGACAGGCCCACUCCCUGCACCUUCCGGAUCCCUGAUGGGAGCUACAGGUGUCUGGCCUUGGAGGCUGAGGAGAGCAGCGGUGAGGAGGGCCUUCAGGGAGAGGCAGGGCUCACGAACUUGGAUGAGGACAGGGUGGCCAGCAGGAAUGGGGACAGCCCUGCCUGCAGGGCCACCCAGGGGGCACCAGAGCUGCCCAAGGCCCUGGGCAUCCAGGCACCCAGACACUCCAGAGAAGCACAAGGGGGGUCCCAGCAUGAUAACAAGCCCGGCCAGGACGGGAACGCGGUGAAGGCUCAGCUGGUGAUGACAACCAGCCCCGGCCCCAGCCCCAGCGCAGGGCCCAGGGUUGCCCAGAAACCAGCGUUGGCCCACAGCACCAGCCUCACUGAGAAAGAUCUGAAAGAGGCCAAGGCCCGGAGCCAGCAGAUCGCGGCACAGCUGACCACCCCGCCCAGCUCCAACUCCCGAGGCGUCCAGCUCUUCAACAGGCGUCGGCAGAGGGUGAACCAGUUCACCUUGGAGAACCCCGGCCCGAGGGAACGGGAACGGGAACGGAAGCCCAGCCAGGAGUCCCUCAGAGUGCCCCCUGCCGGCCCUGCGGGCUACGCCUCGGGGCCCGGCCUGAGUCCCACCUCACCCCCUGAGCCAGGCCCUCCAAGGAACAGCGACCGCCAGAGCCCUGACACAGGGGUCCCCGCUCACAGCAUGGAGGGGUGCUCAGAGAAAGCCAGCUUGCUGCGGCACCUGGAGAAGGUGGCCAGCGAGGAGGAGGAGGUGCCGCUGGUGGUUUACUUGAAGGAGAACGCGGCCCUGCUGACAGCCAAUGGACUGCACCUGUCCCAGAACCGAGAAGCCCAGCAGACCCCGCCAAGCCCGCCCGCGGCUGAGGCCCACAGCCCAGCUGUAGACGUCAACCAAAACGUUUCCUCACUCAGCGCCACCCUUAUCACGCCAGCCUCUAACAGCAACCACAGCCUGCCAGACGCAGACCACGCAGACGUCAACCAGAACCCCCCGGCCACUGUCGCCCCGCAGAGCCAGCAGCCCUCAGAAAGCCAGCCCCCUCCCAAUGGCACGGUGUCAGAUUCCAAACCCAGCACCCCGUGUGCCAGCGGGCAGCCCCCCGAGCCGGCUGCAGAGGUCAAAUCCAGCACCCUCCUCAUCGAUAAGGUGUCAGCUCCACCUACCAGCACCAACACCUUCUCCAGAGAAACUACUCCCGUCUCCAGCUCUGGGAUCCCAGCCCCAGAUUUGCCCUUCCCGUCCCGCCGCUCGCCCACAGACUCCGAUGUGUCCCUCGACUCCGAGGACUCCGGCGCUAAGUCGCCCGGCAUCCUCGGCUACAACAUCUGUCCCCGCGGGUGGACCGGCAGCCUGAGGCUCAAGCGUGGCAGCCUCCCCUCCGAGGCCUCCUGCACCACCUAA